CGGGCGCUCAGCCAGUAGAUAGCGAGCCCGCUACUAGAGGCUCUUUAACCAGUUCUAACUUUUUCCACAGCCGAGGUCUGAACUCAAGGCGCAAAACGGCAGCCUCAGCCCCCGCCGUCCCGCGAGCGUCCCGGUUCUGCCGAUGGGGCUUGAAGAGUUGGGUGCCGUUGCCAAGGCCUCCACAGCUGAGGACGGGUGGCCCUGUCUCUUGGAUCCCGGCUAGGAUGGCAGCAACUGUGAUCCUGGAGCCCAGGGGCCGCUGCUGCUGGGACCAGCCGGUGAACAUCAAGGUGCACAGGUUGGCUCCGGAGCAGAAGGUCACGCUGCGCGCGUCCCUGCGAGACGAGAAGGGCGCGCUCUUCCGGGCCCACGCGCGCUACUGCGCGGACAUGGACGGCGAGCUGGAGCUGGCGCGCGCGCCCGCGCUGGGCGGCAGCUUCGCGGGCCUGGAGCCCAUGGGACUCAUCUGGGCCCUGGAGCCCGAGAAGCCCUUGCUGCGGCUGGUGAAGCGGGACGUGCAGACGCCCUUCGCAGUGGCGCUGGAAGUGCUCGAGGGCCACGAGCCCGACCCGCGGCGGGUCCUCGGCCGAACGGUGCACGAGCGCGACUUCCUACCGACUGGGGUGCGGAGGGAGCCGGUACGCGCGGGACGGGUGCGCGCGACACUCUUCCUGCCCCCGGAACCUGGGCCUUUUCCUGGAGUUGUGGACAUUUCUGGAGCUGGAGGUGGCCUUCCAGAGUACCGAGCUAGUCUGCUGGCUGGGAAGGGUUUUGCUGUGAUGGCUCUGGCUUAUUAUAACUAUGAAGACCUUCCCAAGAGCCUAGAGAUCCUACACCUGGAGUACUUUGAAGAAGCCGUGAACUACCUGCUCAAUCGCCCUGAGGUAAAGGGUCCAGGACUUGGGCUGCUUGGAAUUUCUAAAGGGGGUGACCUCUGCCUCUCCAUGGCCUCGUUCCUGAAGGGCAUCACGGCUGCCACCAUAAUCAAUGGCUCUGUGGCCAAUAUUGGGGGAGUCUUACACUACAAAGACAAGACCCUGCCCCCCUUGAGUGCCAACCGAAAUCGAAUCAAGGUGACAAAAGAUGGCCUUGUAGACAUCAUGGAUGCCCUCAAUAGCCCUUUGGAAGGACCUGACCAGAAGAGCUUCAUUCCUGUGGAAAGGGCUGAGUGUACCUUUCUGUUCCUUGUUGGUCUGGAUGACCACAACUGGAAGAGUGAGUUCUAUGCUAAUGAGGCCUCUAACCGCUUACAGGCCCACUGUAAGGAAAAGCCCCAGAUCAUCUGUUACCCAGGGGCCGGGCACUAUAUUGAGCCUCCUUACUUCCCCAUGUGCCAGGCUUCCCUGCACACCUUGGUGGGCAGUCCUGUCAUCUGGGGUGGGGAGCCCCGGGCUCAUGCCAUGGCCCAGGUAGAUGCUUGGAAACAACUCCAGACUUUCUUCCACAAACACUUAGGUGAUGGAAAGUAAUUUGUUAGUGAAAGUUUGGUGAGUCAAACUCUAAUAUAUGCUAGAAACAUCAGUUAAUAUUAGUUCACCUGAAUGUAUCAUAACAAUACUUUCAGGUUUUUUUUCCUUUUUCUUUAAAUAAUAUUACAAUUAUAAAGAGUUUUCAUACAAAUAAACAAUAUCAGGAAUGCAAGGGGAGCCAAAAGUAUAAACACUGUAGAGGUUACACAUUAGAGCACGACACAUAGAGCUGACAUUUCCUUCAUUGCUUUGAUUACUGCCAUGACCAUCACCUCCUUCCCAAAAGUAACUUUUGUGAUGAUUUUAAUGUAUAUUCUUUCAGAUGUUAUACUUUAGCAUGCAUGUAUGUACUAAUAAAAAAGUUCUGUUGCAUAAAUAUGACAAAAAAGUAUUAUUGAUUUUACAAAACAAAUAAGUGGUGGGAAAAAGGCACUUUCUUUUACCUGACAGAAACCCUAUGUCAUAGCAACACAUAGAGUGACAAAGGUUUUAGUCCAGAAAGGAGAAGAAUGGUUGGGGAAGGAAAUAAUGCUUCCAGAGCACCAAUUUUGUGCCAGUCAUUGAAUCCUCACAACGAUCUCUGAGGCAAGUAAAAGAAUAUAAGUAAGCAAAAGGUCUCAUCCACGACCUUUUUAAGACAAAAAUAAUCACUUGAGUCAGUGAUUGCUAUUAAUAGUCCUUUAGCUAAUGAGAAAAGAUAAUGACAAAAUCAAUCUAAAACUCUUAUCCUUAACAAAGAAAAUUCAGAUAUUUAUAUAUUGGGCAUUAUAAA